CUUACUAUCUUUGAUUAUUUGUUCUAAGAAAUCCGCUUGAAAUCUGUCUCAAUAUAGAAAAUACUACUAAUGAAUACAGGUGAAAAAAUUGACUGGAUUCUUAGAAUCCCAGGAAUAUUGUCCUAAUGGAAUGAAGUCAAUAUUAUUGGAUUCCCAAAAUGUCAUAGGGAAAUAUCUAAACAUUUAAUGUCACACAAAGGUGUGGUGGAAAUCCUUGUAUAUAAAUAACUUCUGCUUGCUACGAAAUCCAUUGGAAUCAUAAUCAACGUCUAAAGCAAUACCACAGGCUUUAGAAGGUGCUUCAAGGGGUUUUGCGCUUUUGAAUUGCUUCAAACAGAUGGUAGUGUCACGUAGCGUCAAUAUAAUGUUUCUUCCUGUUAUCUUUCUUGUCGCCUUCAAGAUUAUGCAUAACCCGGCGUUGGUGAAUGGGGAUGCAACUUUGAUUGGUCGCGUUUGUGGCAAAACAUUAUUUCCUGCCGAUUGUCGCCGCUGUUUUGAUUCCGAUCCUCAGAAUGGCCGAGUUGAUGUCAGAGGCCUUGCAGGGAUAGCGAUCAAGUGUUCAUAUGCUCCUGCUAUCGAUGUUGACAAGCUGCUCACGACGUAUACACGGAACGGUCUUUCUGAAUACGCAUUCUGCUUACAGCAAUUCGACUAUAUCGUGCAGAAACUAUCAUUAGCACAGCAAAGUUGGAAGAACAACCGCUAUCAAGAUUCCAAAAAUCUAGUACAAAAAGCAAUAGGUGAUUAUUUUGUGUGUCUUUACGGUCUUAAAAAGCCGAGAUAUCCAGACCAGUUUAUUGAGGGGCUAUACAGAACCAGAACUUCUUGUGAGAAUGCUGUUGGAGCCUUAAAACAAAUUGGAUCUUAAGAUAGAAUUCGUAAGAUGGGAAUAAUUAACCAAUUUAUGGCUUUGCUAGUAUUUAUCAAAGCACAUACAUUGUGAAACAAAUGUUUCGUUGUGUUCAUC